AUGGCCCACUCCAACCAUUCCAGCACCUCCUUCUUUCUGACUGGACUCCCGGGCCUUGAGGCUGUGUAUGUCUGGCUCUCCAUUCCCCUGUGCAUCGUGUCCAUUGCUUCUCUUGCAGGGAAUAGCUUGAUCCUGUGGGUUGUAAAGUCAGAGCCCUCCCUGCACCAGCCUAUGUACUACUUCCUAUCCAUGCUAGCAGUGAUGGACCUGGGCCUGUCUGCUUCCACACUGCCCACCAUGCUCACAAUCUACAUGAUGGGUGUCAGGGAGGUUACUUUAGACAUGUGUCUUGCCCAGCUUUUCUUCAUUCAUACUUUCUCCAUCAUGGAGUCCUCUGUGCUACUGACCAUGGCCUUUGAUCGUGUUGUGGCCAUCAGCAGUCCUCUGCGCUAUGGCACCAUCCUCACCAACCCUCGGAUUGCCGGCUUGGGCCUGGUCAUUGUGGUUCGCAGCAUUGGUCUCCACAUUCCUGCCCCCAUCAUGCUGAAAAAACUGCCUUACUGCCAGAAGCGCCAACUUUCCCACUCUUACUGCCUGCACCCAGAUGUUAUGAAGCUGGCUUGUGCUGACACCCACAUCAACAGUAUCUAUGGCCUGUUUGUGGUUCUCUCCACCCUGGGUGUGGACUCUGUGCUCAUUGUUCUCUCCUAUGGGCUGAUCCUCCACACAGUGUUGUCAAUUGCCUCCAAGACUGAGCGCCUCAAAGCCCUCAACACUUGUGUCUCCCACAUCUGUUCUGUCCUGCUCUUCUACACACCUAUGAUUGGCCUGUCCAUGAUCCACCGAUUUGGCAAGCGGGCUUCCCCAUGCAGUCGUGUGUUGCUCUCUUAUCUUCACUUUCUCAUUCCUCCAGUGCUUAAUCCGGUUGUUUAUACCAUAAAGACUAAGCAGAUCCGACUGAGGAUUCUGCGCAUCUUCCGGUCUGGUGGAGCAAACAUUAGAGAUACCCAGGAUCACUGA